AUGCACAUGACCGACAAGGACGGCGAUGUUACCUUGAGCCGUGAACCCUUUAGUGCGGGCAUACGCGACAACGAAGACCGCCACGACCACGAAUUGGAUUACAAAGACGACCUUGUCAGUAUCGAUGGAGACGAGGAUGAUGAUGGUGGCACACCUAUUCGCAAAGACGACCCUGAGACCAGUAAUGCCGAUAUCGAAAGGAUAGAAAAAAGAAGAGUGCACCUUGAGUCGAGCCUUCGAGAGCAUGUUCGAGACGCCGUGAGAGAUUCCCUGUUCUCUGAUCCGCUAGCUUUUUCGCAGACUGGAAGGCACGGCACCAGAUCAGCAUUGGUACCGCUUUCACCCAACAUGGGCGCCCGUACGCCUAUACCACCAAGGUCUUCGCCAGCAGUUCCGAGUCCAAGAAGGAGAGGGUCGGUCAGAUCAAGACACGCUAUGACUGUCAUCGCAGAGGUGCGAA